GUCACCUCCUGGUGCGUGACUUCAAAAAAGCACGCAAGAGGGCUUGGCAUCCCCUCUCCUCCCUGGGACAAGGUGGCACCCAGAGGAAUUGAUAAAAGGGGGACACCCGAGAGGGGUCACCGUUUACCCUCCCUGAGCCACAGAGCACCUGCAGCAGCCUGACACUCAAGACCCACCCGGGUCUGUCUUGUUGGCCUUAGAGAAGACAGACCCAAAGGAAUCAAAAUGGGGAAGGCGGUAAGGAACUUCUGCUUUCACCUAGACACCCCCGUUUUACAGAGGUUUUAGGUUUCCAUCUCUGGCCUCCUUUUUCUUGUGAAUUCUUGAUGAUCUGUGAUUGUGGUGGGACCAGGGAAGCUAUACGUGAUCCCACUUCCAAUACUAAUUGUGGCUGCAGAUGUUUCAGGGCAGAUAUACCACUUGGUUUCCAAAUUCUGAAGCCCCGUAGUUUCCAGUUGAAGUCUGGUAAUUUUUCAUACCACAAAUGUUCUGUUGGGGGGGGCAGUGUUCCACUUUUGUUGCACUGUUACAGCGCAAGAACUGCCCUCCUGGUGGCAGUGAAAUUGGAGAGGUGUUGCAGAACAGCUAAUAAAGCAGAAUGGUUUGUGGAUGGCCCAGCCUGAACCCACCACUAAUUCACUAUUAUUGCAUAAAUAUCACGGGGCAUGCAAAAUAGACCAGCAAAGAUGGUGCAGAAUCUGGAAAAUAAAGUUCUAUGAAGAACAGUUGAGUUGGCUGCUUUUAAUUUGGAGAAGAGGAGACAGAAUAACUGCCUUCAAAUAUCUGAAAUUCUGCCAUGCAAAAGGGGGGGUGACUUGUUUAUUGCUACUUCAAGGGACAGGAAUAGACUGGAUGUAUGGGGAAGGCAACAGAGCAGCUUUCUGCUAUACAUUAAGAGAAACCUCCUAAUGGAAUGAGUUGUGUGACAGUAGACCAGACUGCCUUGCAAGAUGGCAGGGUCUCCUUCACUGGAAGUAUUGAAGCACUGGAAGCAUCAUCAGCCAGGGAUGCUGCAGUUGCAAGAUCCCUGCAUUGAUCAGGAGUUGGACUAAACGUCCUAUGUGGUCCUUCCAGUUCUGCAUUUCUUGGUGUCACAGUCUUCUGGAGAACCCUACCCACUCGAUUCAUGUACAAAUCUGCAGAAAAGCAACAGUGCCAGAGUUAAACCUGCACUCUGCUAUGAUGGUUUCCAAAGGUCCCCCUUGACAAGAGAUGAGGGAGAAAUUCUACCCAGUUCAUAUUUAAAAGGAAAUCCUCCUAACAUUCAACACCAUGAAAACAAAAAUACAGCAAUUACUUUGAAAUUCUCGCUGCUCUGAAUUUUUCAAUGCAGUUCUCCAGCCAAGUGUUGUGUACAGAAUUGCAUUUACAGUCAAACCUCGGAUCCCGAACACCUCCAUUUUGGAAUGUUUUGGCUCCCGAAUGCCAGAAGUAAAUACUCCGGUUUUCGAAUGCUUUUCAGAAGCCAAACAUCCGACGCAGCUUGAGUACAGGAAGCUCCUGCAGCCAAUCGGAAGCCACACCUCAGUUCUCGAACAUUUCAGAAGCCGAAAGGGCUUCCGGAAUGGAUUACAUUCGACAACCGAGGUUUGACCGUACUAGGGUACAGUUUGUAUUAAAAUGCAUACAGGCAAAGUGAUGUGGGAAUGUGGAGAGCUGAAAAGAAGAGUGGAAAAUGAGAAGGUGAAAUUGGCACCUUUGCUUCUUCCUGCCCUUGGCAUCUUAUAAAUCACCCUGUCAUGUUCGACAUCUAGCUAGUGAAAGAGAGCCAACGGGGUGAGGUGUUGCCACCUUUCAAUGCAUGCUUUUAGGCAAAGUGAGGGUUCUAGUCCUUCUUGUUAAUUGUGAAUGCAACACCCAUAUAGAAGAUUAGAUGUUGCAUAAGUUGAAUAAGUGGCAGCCGACAGACAUAGCAAGGCUGAGAACAAUCAUGACAAUUUGUAAUACAGUUUCCGUCAUUCUGGGUUUAGGAAGUUGAGCCAGUUGUUGAGUCUUGCACAGAUGUAAGAUUUCAUAAGUUGGCUUCAUUUCACAUAUCCUGGGGUUAUCCAGGCAGUGAACUCACAGCAGAGCAUAGAACAGGGUAGAAAUAGGAAUCCAACCAUCUGAGCAGAAUCUCAGCUUCCGGCAGGGGUGUUAAAAAAAAUCCUAAACCUCAUAACUAUUAAUUAAUUAAUCUUUUUAUUUGUAUGCCACCUUUCCAUAGUUAAAACCAUGCUCAAGGUGGCUUACAACAUGAAAAAAUGUGCAUAAUUUUUUUUUUAAAAAAAACAUAACAAAAGUAGUCAUAAACAAUAAAUAAAACUCACCAAAAAGUAAACAACCAAAUGGAACAUUUCCCACAUAACUCUAAAAAGAUAUACAGUGGUACCUCAGGUUACAUACGCUUCAGGUUACAGACUCCGCUAACCCAGAAAUAGUGCUUCAGGUUAAGAACUUUGCUUCAGGAUGAGAACAGAAACUGUGCUCCAGCGGCACGGCAGCAGCAGGAGGCCCCAUUAGCUAAAGUGGUGCUUCAGGUUAAGAACAGUUUCAGGUUAAGAAUGGACCUCCGGAACGAAUUAAGUGCUUAACCCGAGGUACCACUGUAAAAAUAAAGAUACAGUACAAAAAAUUAAUAUCAAUGAACAACCCCUCUCCCAACUAGAGAGAAGAAUAUGAGGAGAAAUCUUGAGAGAAUUGCUAUGUGUAGGGAGAGAGGAGAGAGAGAGAGAAAGAGAGAUGUCCCACAUGUUAAAUGGGCGGGGGGGUCAAGUACAUUAUCCCACUGAAAUCAGCAGGGUUUAAAAAUCCUCAGUCCUGAACCAAUCAAACUGAUUUGGGCUGACCUGUGGUUUGGCCAUGGUUCAAUUAAUUUUGGUUGCAAUCUUAAAUCCACUUAUCCCUGGAGUAAACUGCAUCCAACCCACAGAAAGGAUGCCCCCCCCCCCCGCUUAGAACUACUGAUCUUGUUCUCCUACACAAAUGCAGGCAGAUUAAUCCACUCGAGUUGUGGUUGUUUUUUCUUAUGCUGAGGAACAGAUCCAGCCAAGCUCGUGACCACCACCACCCAGUUCCUCAGGCAUAAAGAAAGGGUGCCCUAACAAGAACCCUCACUUUGAGAAAAUCUCCUAUCUUGUCGAAUUUGAAUUCAGUCUCUACUGCAAGGGAGAUUGUUGGGUUUGAGCUCCGGAAUACGAUAAAGGACAGGGCCUCUGAACAUGUGUGAAGUGCCUUUCCUUCCCAUUAAUAGUGCCUCUCAGCCUGUGCCACCUGCAUUCCCCCAUUCAUGAAAGGCAGUGCCUCUGCACAUGUGCAAAGUACCCUUUCCCCAGCAAUUAAUGAAAGACAGCGCCUCUGAGCAUGUAUGAAGUGCCUUUCCCAGCAGUUAAUAGAUGAUAAUGCCUCUAUUCAUAAGUCCCUUCCCCUUGCGGUUAAUAAAAGGAUGUGCUUCUGAGCAUGUGCAGAGUGCCUUUCCCCAAAACUAAAGUUUCAGCUGAUUACAUUGCCAUGGUGCAUCAGUUCAAGUUCACAAAUCUCUAUUUUCCCCUCACUCUUGGCUUCAGGACAAGUACGAGAUGUACUCGGUGGAAAUGGAGAAACAUCCUGGUGGGGAAAUGGAUGUCAAGAUCAAGAAGAAGAAGAAAGGGGAAAAGAAGAAAGAGAAGUUGGAGAGUAUGAAGAAAGAGAUGGAUGUGGUAAGUCAGCUGAAUGCUGAUUUGGACAUUCUCAAAGGGACUCUUAUUCCGUGAGACAGAGAGGCAACUGAGGAAAGGCCCUUGCUUGCAGUCACACUUCCAAAAUAUUUAUUUAUCAUAUUUACCAUCCUAUCUAUUGCUGCCAGUGUUACUUGUUAUCUGGAAAGGCAACUUGGUGACUUGGCAAAGGGCGCAGGUUUAAAUCUCUGCUCAGCCACCAAGCUCAUUGGGUGACCUUGGCAGGGAUGGCGGCUGCUUUAAGUCGGGGUCCCUUCUGCUCUGAGGGGAUCCUGUAGGCUUACCAUUGAGCCUCUUGGGCUUGUCGAUCGGAAGGUCGGCGGUUCGAAUCCCCAUGACAGGGUGAGCUGCCAUUGCUCUGUCCCAGCUCCUGCCAACCUAGCAAUUCGAAAUCGCACCAGUGCAAGUAGAUAAAUAGGGAAGGUAAACGGCAUUUCCUUGCGCUCUGGUUUCCAUCAUGGUGUUCUGUUGCACCAGAAGCGGUUUAGUCAUGCUGGCCACAUGACCCGGAAAGCUGUCUGUGGACAGACGCCAGGUCCCUCGAGCUGAAAGUGAAAUGAGCGCCGCAACCCCAUAGUCGCCUUUGACUGGACUUAACCAUCCAGGGGCCCUUUACCUUUUCUCUCUUUUUUUACCUUUUAUGUGGUAGUUGUGAGGCAGCGGCAGCUGCAGGCAGUCCCUGCCACCCAAUAUCCCUUUCCCUCCCCCCUCUGAAGCCACUCUCUCUUCAUCUUGGGUCUGCUUUCCCUUUUAGGACGAUCACCAGUUGUCCAUAGAAGACCUGGAGCUCAAGCAUCGGACCAGUGUCACCAAGGUGAUGCCCACAGGUUUAAAGAGGGGAUAUGCGACAAUCUGAGUGUGGUGUAUUCUUGUCUGGGGUCCUCCCGAUCUGAAUGUUUGUGCGCCAUCUAGUGUUGAAACAAAAUAUUACAGGGAUUUUAAAAAUGUGUCCAAAAUGUCAAAAUUCAUACUCAAAGCACAUAUUACCUCACAACGUCAGUGGCAUAUUAUGCUUUUUCUUUUUUCUUUUUUUUCUUUUUUAUUUUGACAAAGUAAUAAUAAUAAAUAAAUAAGAAUAAAAAUGUGCACCCCCACCCCCAACCAUUCCAACCUCGCAAAAUUUCAAUACCCCUUGCGAUGGUUUGACCCCUUUCUGUUUAACAGUACAGAUUCUACAAACACCUUCCAUAUUUCCUCGAAAUCAUUUCUCCUGCGUAUUCCCCAUCUUACCUUAAUGCUGUGGCGUAGCGUGGGUUGUCAGCACCCGGGGCAAGGCAAGUAAUUUGCGCCCCCUAACCCGGUAGGGGCAGAGAGCUGCGAGUGCCAGCGUGCCCCCCCCCCAGAUGUUGCGCCCGGUGCGGCCGGCCCCCCCUGCACCCCCCACGCUACGCCACUGCCUUAAUGGCACAUGUUUAUUGAUCAUUAAUAGCUAUAUCCCCACACCUCUUUAUAACAUUCUCCUAUUUUAUAUUCUGCUUGCCCCUUCCACUUCCUAGCUAUCAUAAUUCGUGUAGCAGUCAAUAAAUUAGUGAGCAAGUCCUUUAUAGCCUGUGAACCUUCCACCCCACCUUAAAUUGAUAAUAAUGCUACCUCUGGACCUUAUAUUAUGCUUCUUAGGUAAGAAGGAGUACUUAAACUAUCCAACUAACUUUAUUUCCAAGAGAAUUCAAUUGUUGUGGUUUUUUGUUUUGUUUUUUUAGCUAAAAGCCCCAGCUCUUCUGGCAAAUAUUGAGCUACUGUGUCAGAACUUUUAGAAACACAAUCCGUUUGAAAUCGGUUCUUUUGCCAUAUCAAGAUUUGAUCUCAAGGUGCAUUUUUUUCCCAACCAUGCAUUUUUGUAAAAGAAAAGUUGAAGAAGUUUUCUCCCCACCCAACCCACAUUUGCUUUCAUGAUCUCUUUGGAACGCACGUCAUAGUCUUGGGAGUAAACGAACAUAAGAACAGCCUACUGGAUCAGGCCAAUGUAAUCUUGCAUCCUGUUCUCACAGCAGCCACUCAGAUAGCUGUGGAAAAACCCUCCAGCAGAACCUGAGAACAUGAGUCUUCUCCCCUCCUGUAUCUUCCAGAAAUUGUUGAUUGAGAAGCAUUACUGCCUCCAGCUAUAGCACAGCCACCAAAUGGGCUUUGGGGAGUGUUGUGUUUUCAGUGGUCUGUGUUUGCCUGAGCUUGAGUCUGGACUAAGGAUUCUGAGCGCCUGUGUUCUGAUUUGAUACAUGUUGUCCAAUCACAGAACAUUUCAGGAUUUGGGCCUCUGCCAUUGGCCCUUGAACUCUGAGUCGUGAUUCGCAGUCUGGAAGUUUAGACAGCCAAUCAAGUUGGGAGUGGGAGUGGCCCAGGCUUACAGAAAUGUAUACAGUGGUACCUCUGGUUACGUACUUAAUUCGUUCCGGAGGUCCGUUCUUAACCUGAAACUGUUCUUAACCUGAAGCACCACUUUAGCUAAUGGGGCCACCAGAGCACAAUUUCUGUUCUCAUCCUGAAGCAAAGUUCUUAACCCAAGGUACUAUUUCUGGGUUAGCAGAGUCUGUAACCUGAAGCGAAUGUAACCUGAAGCGUAUGUAACCCAAGUUACCACUGUAUAAGCAGUUGUUUUGACUCUGUUUCCCAGUGAUGUAGUUCAAUAAAAGUUCUUCCUGUUAUCAGUCUGUCUUGCCUCAUGGGAACCCACCUACACUUCAGGGAGGUAGCCUUCUUGGACCCAAAUAUUUGGGACUGUCAAAGCAGAGGACAAGCUAGGGACUCAGAAUUGUCUAUUCCCCAACUCCAGUCCUGGGGGGAAGUAUUUCUAAUGGUCCUGCCUCCCCUACUCUCUACUUCCAGGGCCUGAGCAGCACUGUGGCAGGAGAGAUCCUUCUUCGUGAUGGCCCCAAUGAGCUGAAGCCCCCCAAGGGCACUCCUGAGUAUGUGAAGUUUGCCCGCCAGCUGGCCGGGGGGCUGCAGUGUCUCAUGUGGGUGGCAGCAGCCAUCUGCCUCAUUGCCUUUGGCAUCCAGCUCGGGCAAGGUGACCUCACCAGUGCAGACAACGUAAGUGCCAAAAGCAGGGCUGGGAGAAGCUGUAGUCCCUCCAGGUGUGACUGGACUACAACUCCCAUCAUCCCUGAGCUUUGGCCAUCCUGGCUGGGGCUGAUGGGAGCUGGAGUCCUAUGACACCUGGAGGGCCCUGUUGUCCAUUCCCCUCUGCAUCCCUGACUUAAAAGAUGCUAUGAGGAGGACACAGUGGCGAGAAAUAAAACUGGUGAGCGAAAGGUUAUGUGGUUCAGGUCACCCAGCAGUGAUGCUCCAACAAAUGCAGAAUUUUAAAGUGGAAACUGAAGGCAUAACAGCUGCUGGAGUGACAAAAUACUACACAAAGAUCAUAGGCUCUUUUUUGCUUUCUUCCCCAUAUAGCUGUACUUGGCUAUUGCUCUCAUUGCUGUCGUGGUCGUGACCGGCUGCUUCGGCUACUACCAGGAAUUCAAAAGCACCAACAUCAUUGCGAGCUUCAAGAAUCUAGUGCCGCAGGUAAGGGGAAAGUUCCUGGGUGACUGCUGUUGCAAAUGUGGCUGAAGGCAGUGAAGGAUCAGACCAGGUUUACACGCAGGUGUGCACACACAACCACAGAUCAGGCUCCUGUAAUUUGUAGAAGUGAAACUGGCAAUUCCAAGUUCUUUCUUUCUUUCUUUCUUUCUUUCUUUCUUUUAAUGAAAAAUAGCCAUAGGAGACUAAAGGAAUGUAAGAGAGAACAUUUGAUCUUUUCUACUCCUGCUGCACCCAAAUAGUUGAAGGAAAGAAAUCAUAGCUCAGCAGCAGACUUCAUGCUUUGAGUGCUUUCUUCUGUGGUCAGUAACUUAUUUUGUUAAGAUCAAUUAAAUGAGGGAAUUCAGAGUUCCCCUGACUUCUCUUUAUCUUCUGGGGAAGAGUUUCUGCUAGCAUAUGGAAGGAAGAAUUCAUUGCACCAAGCAGGAACCUUAAACUUGUUUUUAUCCUAUAUUUUAUUCUGCGAACCACUCUGAAAUCUUAUGAUGAAGGGCUGUAUAUAAAUCUAAUUAAUUAUUAUUAUUAUUAAUAAGGAGUAAUAAUAAUAAUAAGGAGUGCCUGGCGUGCUCUGGUCCAUGGGGUCACAAAGAGUCGGACACGACUAAACAACUAAACAACAACAACAACAAUAAUAAUAAGUUUGAUUCAGGGUUAAGGUUAGGGAGUGGGGUUUGUUUAGUUUAGGUUAAUGUGUUUAGUUUUGAGUUUAGGUUGUGUUUUGUAUUGUUUAUAUAUUGUAUUGUAUUGUUUUUCUUCUUUUUGUUUUUCUCCUUUGUUCUUUUUUCUGUUUUUUCCUUUUUGCUUUUUUUUCUCUUUUUGUAAUCUAUAAAAGUAAUAAAUAUUAUUUAAAUAAUAAUAAUAAUAAUAAUAAUAAUAAUAAUAAUAAGUUUGAUCCCAAGCAUCUUCAGUUAAAGGGAUGAGGCAGAAGAUGUUGAUGGGUAAACUGCGAGAUAGCUACAAGACACCUAUGGACUGUGCCUAAUGUCAUGACUAUUCAGCUUCAAAAACACCAGCAGUGGGAGAACACUGGAACCAGAAUAAGCAGUAAUGUGUAGACAGCCAUGGCUAGGCAGCAAAUUACCAGCCAGUGCUGCUAUUUCAGCAGAGGUGCUGCAUGAUCAUGGCAGCAGGCUCAAAUACAGUGCAUUGCAAUAGGUAAAGGUAAAGGACCCCUGGAUGGUUAAGUCCAGUGGGGUUGUGGCGCUCAUCUCACUUUCAGGCCGAGGGAGCCGACGUUUGUCCACAGACAGCUUUCCAGGGCAUGUGGCCAGCAUGACCAAACUGCUUCUGGCGCAACGGAACACUGCCAUUUACCUUUCCGCCACAGCAGUACCUAAUUAUCUACUUGCACUGGCGUGCUUUCAAAUUGCUAGGUUGGGACAGAGCAACGGGAGCUCGCCCCGUGGUGGGGAUUUGAACAGCCAACCUUCUGAUCGGCAAGCCCAAGAGGCACAGUGGUUUAGACCACAGCGCCACCCGCACCCCGCAUUACAAUAGUCCCAUCUGGAGGUGUGGUUUGAUUUAUAGGUUUCCAAGUUUUAACGUCUGACUCUUGUUCCUCCCGACCACAGCAAGCCACAGUGAUUCGAGAUGGCGACAAGUUCCAGAUCAACGCCAAUCAGCUGGUGGUGGGCGACCUGGUGGAGAUCAAAGGGGGAGACCGAGUCCCAGCAGACAUCAGGAUUAUCACCUCGCAAGGCUGCAAGGUACACAAGACCUUUGUGGGAAGGGGGAAAUUCUAAGCAAAACCUACCUUCUCGUAGCUUGUGCCUCUGCUGCCCUCUCCUGGAUGAAGCAAACCAUAAAGUCUGAUUAUUUUUUUUGCCUGGGGAGAAGUAGAUAAAUUCAUGGAAGACAAGGCUACCAAUAGCUACAACGUAUGAUGGCUAUGUACCACUUCCACUACCUGAGGCAGUAUGCCUGUUGUUGGAGAAAGACAGUGCAAGAAGGCUACAACCUUGCUUGGGGACUUCCCAGAAGCAUCUGGUUGGCCACUGUGAGAAGAAAGUGCUGGACAAGAUGGGACUGGGAAGGGAGCUGACGCAUUACUUGGUCACUUGGAGCAUGUGAAUCCUGAUAGCCACUUCUACGCAGUUGCAGCAGAGAAGCACAGGGCUUCACCCUUUCCCCACCAGCCGCUUUUACCUAAACAAAUCCCUCCCUGCCAACGAAUUUUCACCUAUCCAGGCGUCCAUACUCACCUGUUCGUUACAUGCAAAGAGUUUGUAUCCAACUCAAUUCUGCUCAGAAUACACCCACUGAAAUUGAUGGGCCUAAGGUGAUGGUGUCCUUUAAUUUCCAAGGGUCUACUCUGAGGCUAACAAACAUUGGAUAAAACCCACCUUUCUAGAAUGCCGUCUUGAUGCAGGAGGGUAAAUUUCAGGGAGGAAAGCGAGGGGUAGGCAAGGGCUUUUGAUAUUAAUAUCAAUAUUCGUUAGUCCCUUUUCUCACAGAGUGGCGCAAAACAAAUUACAUUUAUAAAACCAAGGGGGAAAGCUAAAAACACAGUUAUGCAGAUAUGCCCCUCUAAUAGAGGCCACCAUGCCACCCUUGAAAUUAAGGACCAAAGCCCAGAUAAAGAGAAAAAUAUUUGCCUGUAACAUAAAAGUACAUAAAGAUGGUGUCAGGUAUGCCUCCAUGGGGAGAGCGUUCCACAAGCAGGGGGCCACCACUGAAAAGGCUCCUUCUUGUGUCCCAUGGAGAGGGCACACAAAGAAGGGCCUCAGAUGAUUAUCUCGGUGAGGACCAUGUCAGUUCAUGUGGGGAGAGGCAGUCCAUGGCAAAUAGCCACAUGCAUGAAUCACGCUUCUCUCUCUCCCUUUCAGGUGGAUAAUUCCUCUCUGACUGGGGAAUCAGAGCCUCAGACAAGAGCCCCCGAGUGCACCCACGAGAGCCCCCUGGAAACUAGAAACAUUGCCUUCUUCUCUACCAUGUGCUUAGAAGGUAGGAAGGUGUCCAAGUGUGUGUGAAUGGGUGGACAGUGUGUGUGUGUGUGUGUGUGUGUGUGUGUGUGAGAGAGAGAGAGAGAGAGAGAGAAGUGUGUGUGUGUGUGUGUGUGUAGUGCAUAUAUCUAUAUUAUGGUCCUGCUUUGGGAUUUGGCCCUGCCCACUGCCAGUAUGCAGUCCUUGACCACUUUUCUUGAGGGUCUUCAUCCUGAGUGAGGCAGUGGGAGGACCAUUAAAAGCUGCUCAACCAUCGCUGCUUCCCGUGAUCUACAAAGCUGGCAGGGCCUGGCCCAAAUCCACACAGAGUCUUUACGAAUGGUUUCCCAUCGUGAAGAAUGCACCUUGGGGGGCUUGGCCAUCUGGACAUGCCCCUAACUAAAGAAGUUUGGGGGGUCACGUUUAUGAACCCAUACCAGCUCUGUUUAUCUGCCUGUGUCCUCUCAGGCACAGCCACGGGUAUCAUCAUUAACACUGGGGACCGUACCAUCAUUGGGCGCAUUGCCAGCCUGGCUUCGGGCGUGGAGAAUGAGAAGACGCCCAUCGCCAUCGAGAUAGAGCACUUUGUCGACAUCAUUGCUGGUCUGGCCAUCUUCUUUGGGGCCACCUUCUUUGUGGUCGCCAUGGUGAUUGGAUACCCCUUUCUUAAGGCCAUGGUCUUCUUCAUGGCCAUUGUGGUGGCAUACGUCCCCGAGGGCCUUCUGGCAACUGUCACUGUAAGUAUCGCUCUCCCUCGGUUUUAGGGCAGGGGUGGGGAACAUGUAGCCCUCGACAUGUUUCUUUUGUCUGUCCCAAAUCUUCCAACAUUCAGCUUCAGUGGAUGCCUCAGAGUUACAGAUUUAUUAGAAAGAGAGAAAACUAAAUUCCCCUGUCCACUUUAUGCAUAAUCUUCAUAGAUUUAUCAUGCCCCUCUUGCUCACUUUUAACAAACGUUGUGUACACGCUAUUCCUCUGAAGCACAUUCAAAGCAAAUUUUGCCCCUCAAGGAAUUCUGGGCAUUGUAGUUUGUACAGGGUUGCUGGGAAUUGCAACUCUAUGAGGGAUAAACUACAAUUCCCAGAAUUCUUUGAGGGGAGAAAUGUGUUUCAAAUGUGAUUUAGUGUUGUAGUAUGCAGCCCCAAAGCCUGAAACAUGGUAACCUUUCCUUCAUUAUAAGUAUUUUCAGCUGAAGUUUUCUACAUUUCCAUCUCUCUGUCCUUGUCUCUCUCUCUUUCUUCAUAGGUUUGUCUUUCCCUCACAGCCAAACGCCUGGCCCGGAAGAACUGUGUGGUGAAGAACUUGGAGGCCGUCGAGACGCUGGGCUCAACUUCUGUCAUCUGCUCUGAUAAAACAGGGACUCUCACUCAGAACCGCAUGACUGUCUCCCACCUUUGGUUUGACAACCAGAUCCAUACAGCGGACACCACAGAAGAUCAGUCAGGUGCAGAGUCUGGGCUUCACAAAUGCUGGGCCAGAGGCACUUGUGUCCGAGAGACUAAUGGAUAGGGUGGGCCAGGAAAGGCAGGGUCAAUUGAUUUAAAUCAGGGGUGCGGAAUAUGUGUGUUAUUGGACUACAGUUCCCAUCAUCCAUGGCUAUUGGUGGAGGCUGGUCCAUUAGGGUGAAUAGGGCACUGUUCCACCAUCUUCUCCCACCUGCCCCCACCUGCCUGCCUUCCUACUUAGAAGCAGUCCAGCAGGUGGUCAUGGCUGUCAGCUCCCUCCUCCUGCCACCCAGCACGACCAAUCAUAUCCAAACACAGCCAGAAACUUGCUCCUUGAUGUCAGAAACCACCAUGCAGUGUCACCAUGUCAAUUGUUAUUUUAAUUUCUGGUAGGUAGCCAUGUUGGUCUGACACAGGCGAAAUAAAUAAAUAAAAAUAAAAAAUUGCCCAGUAGCUCCUUAGAGACCAACUAAAUUUGUUCUGGGUAUAAGCUUUUGUGUGCAUGCAAACUUCUUCAGAUACUCUGAAACAGAAAUCACCAGACCCUUAUAUAGAGAGAGAGGGUGGGGUGGGGUAUUUCUCAGAAGCGUAGUAGGAGAUGGGUGAUUGUCUCAAUGAGUAUGAUAAACCUGUUGACGAUUGUUAAUUACUGCAAUUAGUCCUACAGGAAAAAGCAAGAGAUAGUAUGCAGAUGACCAAAAAUAGCUUUAGCAUGUGUAAUGAGACAAGAAUCCAAUAUCUCUAUUCGGACCAGGUCUCUCCGUUGUUUUCAGUUUAGUAAUAAGUUGUAAUUCAGCAACUUCUCUUUCAAAUCUGUUUCUGAAAUUCUUUUGUAAUAAGACAGCUGCUUUGAUAUCUUGUAUUGAAUGUCCUGUGAGAUUGAAGUGUUCUCCUACUGGUUUCUCUGUCUUGUGAUUCCUGAUGUCAGAUUUAUGUCCUCCCUCUCUAUAUAAGGGUCUGGUGACUUCUGUUUCAUGCGCACAAAAGCUUAUACCUAGAAAAAACUUAGUUGGUCUCUAAGGCGCUGCUGGACAUUUUUUUGUUAUUUUAAUGUAAUGGUUGGCCACCCUGGGACUCUUGGGUAAAGGGUAGGGACCACAGGCACCUCAAAUAAAUCAAUAAUAUCUGAACUAUAAUGGACACCAGUAUACCAGUUCAUUAGAAUCAUUAAACGCUUGCAGUGAGCAAGGCCUCCGAGGCUAAUGUCAUGGCCCAGGCGGGUUCAUAUGGGUGAAAGCAAUCCUUUGGAUAACUCAGUCCUAAGCCGUUUGAUACAGAAAAAAACUAUUAGCGCCACCUCCCCUCACUCUGUCUCAUUUUGUGCCUUCCAGGGCAAAGUUUUGAUCAGUCCUCUGAGACGUGGAGAGCUCUCUGCAAAGUGGUGAGCCUCUGCAACCGCGCCUUUUUCAAAUCAGGCCAGGAUAGCGUCCCUGUCCCAAAGGUAAGGAAGAGCAAUGGGAUAUGGCUGGAAUACGUUUCUGCUAGUAAAUGUGCCGUCCAAAAGUACACAAUGCAGCAACUUAGCUGAAGCUAAUGUUUCAAAUAAUAAUUCAAAUAGUAUUUGUUUAAACUAAUAAUAUACUUUUUAAUUAAAGCAAGAAAAGCAACUUAAAGAAAACACAUCAUUGGGUUAACAGCAGCAGCAGCAACAACACCACCACCACAACUACACAUCAGGCUGGUACAAUAAAGAUAGAAGCCUUUAAACACAGAAUAACAUAAAAGCCAUUACUCUCAUGGGUGGAAUGAAUCUUAAGGAGUAAUAAUAUCAUAUAUUAUUGAAUCAACCAAAUCCAUCGAUAAGCAGAGGCACUGUUGAACUAUUAUUCUUCGUUCUAUUUGUGAAUUGCUUCCCAUAAAGCAUCCUGAAGCGAUUCACAAUAUAAUAACAUAUAGGGAAAACACUACAAAGCCCAUCGUCCACAACCUGCUUGGCAAAUGCCCAGGAAUGAUGGGAGGUGGUCCAACAGCAUCUGAGGACCCAGGGUUGAGGGAAGACUGUAUCUCUGGUGCUUGUUUGUGUCAAAUCAAGCCUGGAGGAGCCUACGCCCUGCCCACCAAUCCUACAUGUGUGGCAAUAGGUUGCCUUCUUCUUAUGCUCAGAGACUCUUCCAUCUCCAGUCAAUCUGUAAGUAAACUUGUCAGUCCCUUUUGUGGAGAUGGUGUCUCCAGAUCAUCAGGGCUGGUUCUAAAAUGUGCCUUUUCUCUCCUCGCCCCUGGCGCUGCAUUUCAGCUGUACUGACCUAUGUCCAUUUUCUCUUUGGCAUCUGACCCCAGCGGAUCGUCAUCGGAGACGCCUCGGAGACAGCCCUGCUGAAGUUCUCUGAGAUCACCCUGGGCAAUGUGAUGGAGUACCGGGACCGCUACAAGAAAGCCUGCGAGAUCCCCUUCAACUCCACCAACAAGUUCCAGGUCAGCCGCUGACUCUGCUCCGGAGGGCUGACUAGGCCUUUGCCAGCCUCAGCCACCCUUGUUCAGUUAGCUCAGAAUGAACUGCAGAAAACUCUGAGGCAGCCCAUUGGCCCAUAAGGACCCAGUUCUCUUCUGUACUCACCAACCCUGCCUGCAAAGCAAGCUUCACCUCUGAUAACGCCCCUUGCUGGCAUAGAUGAAGGAUAUAGGAAACAUUUACAUGGGUUGCUGCUCCUGAUUUUGCCUCAGCCCUCCACCCACCACUGGCAUGCAGCCCCCACAAGGUUGCUUUGAAGGGAAUGUGGCCCUUGGUCUAAAAAUAAAAAGGUUCCCCACCCCUGUGCUAGAGUGCCAAGGUGGUGGAGUGGACUACAUCGCUUCAGAAUGCAAGGUCACAUUUUUGAAUGCUCCUCUAUGGGGGAUGUUUGUUUCUUUUAAAAAAAGAAAAACUUCAGGCAAGUAGAAGUUUAGCACUGCAAGGAGUAGGUCGGGGAUGAAGCUUUUUCUCUAAUUUGCUCGUUAUUGUAUUGAACUUGUGGGGAGAUGUUGCUGUUGUUGUUUGUUUGUUUUUCACAUGCUGCCCACAUCCUGAAGCAGUGCAGUCUACCAGUUCCACUGUCAGUGUGUACCAUUAGAUCAUUUUGGACUCUGGAUUUUGAAUAGCAGUGCCUAUGACAUCACUUACUUCAACAUGUCGUAAACCCACCCCUCUUGCAUUUGGGGGUGAUCCUUCUGCAGAAUGCCCCCCCAAAAAAAGUUGUGCCCUGAUGGCACCAUUGUCUGCCGUGUGCCCAGACUAGGCCUCAGUCCCGCUCUCCCCAACGAGAGGCUGAAAGAAAGGAAGCUAAAACGCAGGGCAUAUUUUUAUGAACGAGUCCUCCUGUGUCUCCUGCUCCCCUUCUUCGCUCCAGCUGUCCAUCCAUGAGCUCGAUGACCCUCGAGACCAGCGCUACCUGAUGGUGAUGAAAGGAGCUCCCGAGCGCAUCCUGGAACGCUGCUCCACUAUCAUGAUCAAGGGUCAAGAGCUGCCCCUCGAUGAACAGUGGAAGGAGGCUUUCCAAACAGCUUACAUGGACCUUGGCGGGCUGGGCGAGCGUGUACUGGGUAAGGCGGGAGGGUGAGGGGUGGGUGUGGGUGCUGUUGGUAGAACUUGGGACCUGAUAAAGGCCAGGUCUGUAUUCUGAGGUACCAUCAGAGCCAGCUGUAUAGAUUUGAGGGAACACGUAGCAAAACUCUCUCUCCCUCUCAUGGAUUUUCUGUGUCAGUGCUCUCAGGAGUGACAUGGAGCUCCCAUUUCACUCUCCCACAAUGGCUUGGGGUGUUGGAACAUCAAAGGGCAUUGUGAGAAAUGUCAAUGACAGCUCCAAGCCGCCCAGCACUCAUCCUGAGGAUGCCCGGUACUUGUGCUGAUCCUGGCAACUGGCAUGUCAACUGGCUGAAACACAAGGAGUUGCCUUGUACUGAGUUGGACCAUUGGCCCAUCUAAGUCAGUAUCAUCUACACUGACUGGCAACUGCUGUCCAAGGUUUUAGAUAAAUAAUCUCUCCCAGCCCUACCUGGAGAUGCUGGGGAUUGAACCUGAUACCUUCUGCAUGCAAGGCAGGUGCUCUGCCCCUGAGCGAUGACCUUCCUAAGCAAGUGUCCAAUGAGACCACAAGGGUAGGAGUCCAGGAGGCCAGCAGUAGGUGGAGCCAGAGCCAAAUUCCCCGUGUUUGGUUGUUAAACCACUCUGGGAAUUGUAGUUCUGUGGGGGAAUAUAGGGGUCUCCGAACGACUCUCAGCACGCUUAGCAAACUACAGCUCCCAGAAUUCUUUGGGGGAAAGCCAUGACUCUUCAAAGUGCAUAAUGCUUUCAAUGUAUGGUGUGGAUGUGGCCCAAUUAUUUCUAAAUGCACAUCUCUACACAUUAUUAAUUGCAUUUCUACCCUGCCCCUUCCUUCCAAAGGUGGCAAACAACCUAGUAGUAAAACAAUACUGAAAAGGAAAAUAUUACCAUAUGCAGAUUAUAUGCAGAUCCAUGUCCUCUUCUCUGGUGAUAUGUUUCCUCUUUUUCUGACGAUGCCUCUAAGUGUCCACCCUUGGCAGAGGCCUCACCAUGAUUCUCUCUUUCCCCGCAGGCUUCUGCCACCUGUACCUUCCCCAAAGCGAGUUCCCACGUGGCUACAACUUCGACAGUGACGAGAUGAACUUCCCCACCAGUGGGCUCUGCUUUGCAGGCCUCAUCUCCAUGAUUGAUCCGCCCAGAGCCACCGUUCCCGAUGCCGUUAUGAAAUGCCGCACCGCUGGCAUCCGGGUAUGCUGCCAGCUGUUCCGGGGUGUUUCUGGCUCCGUCGGAAAAAUUAACAGCAACCAAGAGGGCCGGCCCUAUCAUUAGACAGAGUGAGGUCACUGCCUCAGGUGGCAGAUCCUGGGAGGAGCGGCAGCAUUUCUCCUGAGACUGUGUGCCAUUCCCCUCUGUUGGAGGGCAGGACACAGUCUGUUCUUCACCCGCACUAUCCUGUCACCAGUGUUAGGCAGCCUUUCCCAGCCUUGGUCCCCCGGAUGUUGUUGGACUACAACAACUCCCAUUAGCCUCAGCCAGAAUGGACCGAUGGUCAGGGAUGAUGGGAGUUGUAGUCCAACAUCUGAGGAUUCAAGGCUAGGCAAUACUGGAAUAAGAUUCACCUGCCAGUUCAGCCAGCUUCUGAUUGUGGAAAUGGGAGGCAUGCAGGGCUUGGGGGUGGGCACCAUCUUGUUCUUCACUGCUGGCUGCAAAAUGUCUUAAGUCAUCCCUAGUAACAAGCAUCUUGGCAAAAAAUAAUAAUUUACAUUUUGUAUGGGCAAUAGGGAUGAUAUCUCUAGUGGCCGUUAGUCAUAUAUAGAGUUGCAGUGGUAUGUAGCUAGUGUGGGUUAGUGGUCAGAAUGUCAAACUUGGACUUGGGAGGCCAGAGUUCAAAUCCCCACUCAGUCACGAUGAACAUCACUGGGGGGGGGGCGGAAACCACGUGUGCCACCUUGGUGGAAAGGUGGGAUAUAAACUUAAUAAUAAAACAAACUAUCAUUAAAUAAAUAAUUAAAUUAGAGGCAGGGACUGAGCAUUCCUGAAUAUAAAAUGAUGUGAUUCUGAUUCACUGGGAAAGCUUUUCCUUUCUUUUUUUUAAAGGUCAGAGGCCUGACAUUAAAACUACAGUGGUACCUGGGGUUAAGUACUUAAUUCAUUCCGGAGGUCCGUUCUUAACCUGAAACUGUUCUUAACCUGAAGCACCACUUUAGCUAAUGCGGCCUCCUGCUGCCGCCGCGCCGCCAGGGCAUGAUUUCUGUUCUCAUCCUGAAGCAAAGUUCUUAGCCCAAGGUACUAUUUCUGGGUUAGCGGAGUCUGUAACCUGAAGCGCCUGUAACCUGAAGUGUAUGUAACCCGAGGUACCACUGUACAUGUAUUUCCUACCCUCCCUUGAGACAAACUCAGGGACUGUGACUGAGCCAAGGUCAGCUACCCAAGUAGCUUUAUGGAUGAGCUAGGAUUUGAAUCCAGGACCCCCAUCUGCACCAUACAAUAUCAUACCACUUUAAACACUCAUUGGCUUCCCCCAAACAAUCCUGGGAACUGUAGCUUGUUCAGGGUCUUGAGGGGUGUUAGGCAACCCCUAUUCCCCUCACAGAACUUCAAUUCCCACAAUCCACUCUGUGAAUUGUAGCUUUGUGGUGGGGAGGAGUGUCUCCUAGCAUCACCCAUAACCAGCUACAGUUCCCAGGACUCUUUUGGGGAAGCCGUGACAGUUUAAAGUGGUCUCAUUGUGCUUUAUAUGUAUAGUGCAGAUGCCUCCCUGAACCUAGACCAACAUUCUCAUCAGCAUUUUCCAGUCAGGCUUAUUCGAUCUGUGCUGAUGCAACGACAACCAAAGAUCACUUCAGGAACGGCCAUUUUGAACCGCUGCCCUGUCUUCUCCAGGUGAUCAUGGUGACAGGAGACCAUCCCAUCACCGCAAAGGCCAUUGCUGCCAGUGUGGGCAUCAUCUCUGAGGGCAGCGAAACGGUCGAAGAUAUCGCCACCCGCCUGCGCAUUCCCGUGGAGCAGGUCAACAAGCGGUGAGUAUCUAAACACAGAGAGCUUUGCCUCAGAAGCAGCAUGGCUUUGUACCAGGAGUAUAUAUGAUGAUAAUUAUAUUAAUCUUCUUAUAUCUUAUAGUGUGGUGGUUUGUUCGAUUUUUCUGUUAUUUGUUUUUUGUUUGAUUGUAUGUUUGUUUACUUGUAUGUACAUCUGUAUUUAUUUUAAAUUAAUAAAGAUAUAUUUUUUAAAAAGAAGUAGCGUGGCUUUGAUUUAAAUCAAAUUGAUUUAAAUCACCAUUCAAAUCACUAGUCAGUAAGACUUAGUUUAAAUCUUUUUUUUUACAGAAAGACUCAUUCUUGCUGGUAUAACCUUCAUAUUUACAACCAGAUGAAGGUUUCAUUUUUGGAAUAAUAAAUUUUCAGAGUAGUUAUAUCAAAAAUUACUGAUUUGGUUGUACUAUUAGAAAUACAUAGACAGAGAUAAUUAUAAAAUUAUUGUGAGGUUUAAUAAGUUAACUGUUUAUAUUGGGACAACUUUUCUGCUGUACUUUAUUGGGAGGAGAAAAAUAAUCAUUUCCUUAAUAACAAUUUAAACAAUUUAAACAAUUUAUUUAACUCAAACAAUAACAUUAUAGCAUAUGUAUCCAUGUUUGUUAACGGAUGUGGUUAAACAUUAAAAAAAAAACUUAGACUGAGUUUUAGCACACAUGAAAAACUUAAAACAAAUUCUUAUUUCCUAAUGAAUAGCCUUUGGACUAUAAUGUAACUUAAAUAGAAAACUAUCUUUAGAAAGAUUUUUCAUCCAAAAGCAUUUUAUUUAAAAAAUCCGAUUUAAAUUUUAAAAAAUCCUAUAUUUUAAAUUAUUUUUUUUUAAAAAAUCAUUGAUUUUUAUCCACCCUGCUCAGAAGCAUCACAAAGUGCAAUUAGGUGACUUUAGACUCUGGGUAUAAUAGUCACCAUACAGGGGGAAGUUCUCCAUCUACAGAGGGUCACUUCCUUCAAAAUGUGGUAAGCCAGCCACACUGAAACAAAGGAAGGACAGAGUUGUGUUUGUCCGACAUUGAAAACACCAACUCUACAUCUUGUUUGUUGCUGAUGAGAGGCUCUCACUUGAAAACUUGAGGCUCUUUAUUUAUACAAAAAAACUUUUGUCUCACCCCUUCUAGUGCCCAUGAAUCACUCAGGGCAGAUUUCAACAAUGUAAAAUUGCAGGACAAUGUAAAAUGGAAAGUGUUUUGCAACUAUACAAAUCCAUAAAAUAUGCAUUGAAAACCCAACUGAAACAACAGUGGCAUUGAUGACAUGUCAAAAUGAACAUAGCAGGCAGAAGGCUGCUGAAAUAAGAAUGUCUUGACCAGCCAGCAAAAAGGCAAUCAGAAAAGGGCCCAUCCAUGCCACUUUCCCCACAAUUAUUGGUGCAGCCACUACAAAGGGCCUGUCUAUGUAUGUGACCCUGGGGCUCUCCCUUUCUCUGCUUCGGCAUCCAGGGACGCCCGAGCCUGUGUGGUCAAUGGGGGGCAGCUGAAAGACAUGGAAACUGAGGAGUUGGUGGAGAUCCUCAAAAUGCACCCAGAGAUGGUCUUUGCUCGCACCUCCCCACAACAGAAGCUCAUCAUUGUGGAAAGCUGUCAGAAAUUGGUAAGGGGCACAAAACCCUAACUGCAGAAGGUAUUGUGGGCGUGGUGAAUUUGGAUCACCUGCUUCAUACGAUUAUCAUUCCCUCCAUUUCCAGUCUUCAGGCAUGAGCGUCGAUGGUUGUGCAUCCAAAAUAACACUAUCUGUGUAACAAGACAAAGCACCUGAGGAAACCUCAAGGUGUGCAGAAGGACAAAAAUCUUUAGGAGGGGAAACUAAGCAGUCUGGGGUGUGCGGACAGCCCAAUGAGAACUGAGCAUGCUCAGUCCACAUGGAAUGAUAACUGACUUUUGAUGGGGGGACUGGAAUGGAAUAUCCUGGAAAAGGGCAGGACUGGCUGCCUGGGACUCUGAACUCCAUACGGCAACAUUUUGGUGCAGGUUCCAUCUGCAGAUCCCUGAAUGAGCCCAUCCAGACAUCCUUUCUAUUGCACGUUAGUAAUGAUUUCUGCUCAUAAUGUCACACACAAUCCCACUUUCAAUAGUGUUUGUCCCUGCAAAAGCUUUGGGGGCGGUCACACUGCUUCGUUGCCAAUCCCUAUGCAUCCUGUAACUUCCUGCUGCAAUCCUGUAACCUUUUACAGUGGUACCUCAGGUUAAGAACUUAAUUUGUUCCAGAGGUCCGUUCUUAACCUGAAGCUGUUCUUAACCUGAGGUACCACUCCCGCUGCCGCCGCACGAUUUCUGUUCUCUUCCUGAAGCAAAGUUCUUAACCCGAGGUACUAUUUCUGGGUUAGCGGAGUCUGUACCCUGAAGCGUCUGUAACCCGAGGUACCACUGUAUAUCAAAAAUGUUCCGGUUUGUUUAUCUCCCACUUUUGUUGCACUGUUCCUGCUCAGGACAGCAGUAAAUGUGGGAUCACCAGGGAAACAUAAAAGAACAAACAAGAAUGGGGUAAAUCCACCACGGAUGUGCUAAGAUUGUGUUGCGGAUGUAUUAACAGCAUGCACCUGCAAUAAAACAUCCAUCUGCAGGAGGCCCAUCUCUCUCUCUCUCUCUCUCUCUCUCUCUCUCUCUCUCUCCUUGUUCGCAGGGUGCUAUUGUGGCAGUAACAGGAGAUGGGGUGAAUGAUUCCCCAGCGCUGAAGAAAGCUGACAUCGGUGUGGCAAUGGGCAUUGCUGGAUCCGACGCAGCCAAAAAUGCUGCUGACAUGAUCCUGCUGGAUGACAAUUUCGCCUCCAUCGUCACUGGUGUCGAGCAAGGUCUGUUCUCGGGAGGCUGUGGCACAAGGGGGCGGGUUAGUGCCUUUGGGUCAUAUAUCAGCAUCUGAUGGUGGCAACUUCGUGUGGGAAGGUAGGUGCCACCACCAAGAAGACCCGCUUCCUAAGUGUCAGAAGGUGGCAUUCCACUAAUCAUGGAAAAGCAGUCCCUCCUCCUGAGAUCUUAGCAAUUAGCCAGGGAUGUCUAAAGGGGUCUGCUAGGUAUGCAUGAACCCUGACUGUGUGUCAUGCAAGACAGUAGAAGUUUGUACUAUUUAGAGGCUGGGUGGUCACAUAGCAAGUUGAUACUGUGUUCUGGGAAGCUGAUGAGAACACAGUGCUGUGCUUGCCCCAUUCCUGGACAGCAUCAUCCUCUUGCUAUCACUGUGGCAACAAGGCUCACUCUUUGAGAUGCUGAUGAGAGCAUUGAACUGGCCAGCUAAGGCCAUUUCCUUACAAAGAGGCUGAUCUGACCGGCUCAACAGCUUCAUCUAUUAGAUUCCAAACUUUGCUGGACACAGAACCACAGGCCUGGAAGGGACCCACAGAUGACAUCCAGAAAAGUUCGAUGGAAGGAAUCCCAGCUCAACAACAGGAGUCAUCCAUUAAACCCACCGCCAUCUUUCUUUCAUUCUUUUCUUCCUUUCAGGGCGCCUGAUCUUUGACAAUCUCAAGAAAUCCAUCGCGUACACCCUAACCAAGAACAUCCCAGAGCUGACGCCCUAUCUGAUCUACAUCACUGUCAGUGUCCCGCUCCCCCUGGGUUGUAUCACCAUCCUGUUUAUCGAGCUGUGCACAGACAUUGUGAGUGGCCAACACUAAUCCAGCAGAGGCUCUUUCCCAGGGCUGCUCAGUCUUGUUUCCGACCCCCAACUCCAAAACAAAAACCUUUCUCAUCUCUCUUCUCAGUUCCCCUCAGUUUCCCUGGCCUAUGAAAGGGCUGAGAGUGACAUCAUGCACCUGAAACCACGCAACCCUCGACGGGACCGUCUGGUCAACGAAGCGCUAGCGGUCUACUCCUACUUCCAGAUUGGUGUGUAUUAGAGCUGGAAGGGGGGAGCCUAGAGGUUGGAAAGCGGGGGAGAGCAAGCUAUGUUACGUGAGACAAGGCAGGGAAGCCUAGGUGGGCUCCAUGUGGAGUGGAGCUUCUAUAGGGACUGGCAGGAAUUGGCUUAGAUACCUGCCCCAUCAUGCCUUAUCCCAUGGGGAGGAGAAAGGCACAUCAUCUGAGCAGUGAUGGAUGGUUGUGCAGUGGCAAAUUCAGAAGCACAGGAUCUGUUCAUGAUGAUCGCAGCCAGGCUCCCUCACAGCCACACCCCUUCUGAGAUUAUACAACCUUCUAAGAUCAUAAAUAAACAUAUAAUUAUACAAUAAUAAUUAGGGAUCCACUACAGACAUCCAUGCAGAUCUCCACAGAACACCUUUCAUCUAGAUCAGUUUCCCAAACUUGGGUCUCCAGCUGUUUUUGGACUACAAUUCCCAUCAUCCCUGACCACUGGUCCUGCUAGCUAGGGAUAAUGGGAAUUGUAGUGCAGAAACAGCUAGAGACCCAAAUUUAGGAAACCCUGAUCCAGAUCUACUAUUUUCUGUGCAAGUGCACGCAGGGGAAUGAUCUGAAGCGGCUCUUCUUUUGGAGUCACUAAAGUUGUUUUUUCCCCAUAAAGGUCAACUGUACGUUACACUGUACACUGUUCUCUUGAAACUGAAGUGCCUUGUUUUCAGUGCUCAUCUUUGGAGCAAAGGGAACAACUUCUCCUUGCUGUUCUUCCCACACGCCUUCUCCGGGUUGACCCGAGGAGCCAAUCCUCUGUGGUUGACUCACCUCCUUUCACUCCGAUUGGUUCCAAUCAGCAAGAAAGGUGGUGACACUUCUUCCCAGUGGCUUAAAAGCUCCCCUUUCAAGCUGAUUUGGGUGGCCCUGGGACUCUGGAGAAAGGGAUGCUGCCAAGACCCUGCUGCAGAAAUGGUAGCAGGUCCAUGACCCUUCUCAAAACCCCAGGCCCACUACACCUGGCAGGCAGGUUGGGAAUGUUUGGGGGCAGCUUGGGUCAGGGGGGCAGUGGCUCCAUGUGCUCUAAUGGACCAGCCUUUGGGAUUAGCCGCCCACUGACACAAACUCCCCUGUUCUUCCCUGCCACGCAGGAGCCAUCCAGUCCUUUGCUGGCUUCACCGAUUACUUCACUGCCAUGGCCCAGGAAGGCUGGUACCCGCUGAAGUGUGUGGGGCUUCGGGCAGCCUGGGAGAACGACCAUAUCCAAGAUGUUCAGGAUAGCUACGGACAAGAGUGGGUGAGUGGAGGAGACAUGCUAUAUAAAACCUCUGCCAUCCACGACCUGAUUGUGGAUGGAGGAUUUGACCUGGCAUGUGUGACAGAGACCUGGUUGGAUGAAGCAGAUGGGCCCGUCCUUGCCGCUGCUUGUCCACCAGGUUUCUCUUACGCACAGCAACCCAGGCCUUGUGGGCGGGGAGGGGGUUGCAGUGAUUUUUAGGAAGUCAUUAGUUUGCACCAGGCGUCCUAUUGGAAAGACCCAGUUCUCUGAGUGCAUGUUCUGGAAGUUGGGCAAUAGGGGCAGUACAGGAUUCCUAUUGGUGUACCGACCUCCCCGCUGCACCAAGGAUUCCCUGCCCGAGCUGCUUCAGGUCGUGGCGGAUGUCCUCCUGGAGACACCUAGUUUGGUUGUCCUAGGGGACUUUAACAUCCAUGCCGACACGACCUUACAAGGGGCCGCUCGGGACUUCGUGGAAAGCAUGGCCUCCAUGGGGCUGUCCCUGAAUAAGUCUGGCCCAACUCAUAGCCACGGGCAUGCCUUAGACCUGGUGUUCACCUCUAUGGAUGUUGGUGAUCUGACAUUAAGUAAAAGCGAAACCAAAGAAGUGCCAUGGUCAGAUCACUUCCUGGUGCAACUGGACUUCUCCGUGACCCUCCCCUCUGCAGGGAGGCGGGACCGAUUCAGAUGGUCCGGCCCGCCACUUAAUGGAUCCAAAUGGUUUCCAGAGAGUGGUAGGGAUGUUUUAUCCCAUGUUGAUGGCCUUUCAGCUGAUUCCCUGGUGGCCCGCUGGAAUGUGGAGUUAACCAGGGCUAUUGACUGUUUGGCUCCAAAGCGCCCUCUCCGAUUGCAUGGAGUCCGGACAGCCCCGUGGUUUUCCACGGAUCUGAGGGCAAUGAAACAAUCGCUGAGACGGCUAGAGCGCCGGUGGCGGAUAACCCAUUCUGAAUCUGACCGGACACGGGUUAGAGCUCAAUGUCGAGCCUACCAAGUGGCGAUAGCGACGGCGAAGAAGACUUUCUUCACCGCCUCUAUUGCAUCUGCGGAAAACAGCAGCAGGAGACUCUUUCAGGUGGUUCGCAAUUUAGCGGAACCACCUGCUCCAUCAGGGCCCAGUAGCGGCCACAUGAUCUCCUGCAAUGACUUUGCAAAGUCAUUGCAGAUAAAGUCGCUCAGAUUCGAGAAGAGGUAGACUCCACCGUGGGAGCAGGGCCGGGGCGGGAGAGGGCUAGAGUCCUGUCUAGUCAAGUGGUGUGGGAUCAAUUCCAAUCUGUUACCCCGAGGAUGUGGACAGGCUGCUUGGACGAGUGAAACCAACCACUUGCCUCCUUGAUCCUUGCCCAUCCUGGCUUAUAAAAGCUAGCCGGGAAGGACUGGGCGAUGGGCUUCGUGGGGUGGUGAAUGCUUCCCUCCGUGAGGGAGCCUUCCCAGACCCGCUGAAAGAGGCGGUUAUUAAACCGCUUCUUAAAAACCAUCUUUAGAUGCGGCCACGAUAGCCAACUAUCGCCCAGUCUCAAAUCUUCCAUUCUUGGGCAAGGUGAUUGAGCGAGUGGUUGCUGAACAACUCCAGGCACGCCUGGAAGAAGCGGACCAUUUGGAUCCCUUCCAGUCGGGAUUCAGGCCUCAUCAUGGGACUGAAACUGCCUUGGUCGCACUGGUUGAUGAUCUCCGGCGGGCUAGGGACAAAGGUGAGAGCUGUUUCCUAGUUCUGCUGGAUCUCUCAGCGGCGUUUGAUACCAUCGACCAUAACAUCCUUCUGGACCGUCUUGAGGGGCUGGGAGCUGGGGGCACUGUUAUACAGUGGUUCCGCUCCUUCCUCCUGGGCCGUGUUCAGAAAGUGGUGGUGGGGAUGAGUGUUCAGACCCCUGGGCCCUCACUUGUGGGGUGCCUCAGGGUUCUGUCCUCUCCCCAUGCUUUUCAACAUCUACAUGAAGCCGCUGGGAGAGAUCAUCAGGGAUUUGGGCUGGGUGUUCAUCAGUAUGCAGAUGAUACCCAGCUCUACCUCUCUUUCAAAUCAGAACCAGUGAAGGCAGUGAAGGUCCUGUGUGAGUGCCUGGAGGCGGUUGGAGGUUGGAUGGCGGCUAACAGAUUGAGGUUGAAUCCUGACAAGACAGAAGUACUGUUUUGGGGGGACAGGAGGCGGGCAGGUGUGGAGGAUUCCCUGGUCCUGAAUGGGGUAACUGUGCCCCUGAAGGACCAGGUGCGCAGCCUGGGAGUCAUUUUGGACUCACAGCUGUCCAUGGAGGCACAGGUCAAAUCUGUGUCCAGGGCAGCUGUUUACCAGCUCCAUCUGGUACGCAGGCUGAGACCCUAUCUGCCUGCGGACUGCCUCGCCAGAGUGGUGCAUGCUCUGGUUAUCUCCCGCUUGGAUUACUGCAAUGCGCUCUACGUGGGGCUACCUUUGAAGGUGACCCGGAAACUACAACUAAUCCAGAACGCGGCAGCUAGACUGGUGACUGGGAGCGGCCGCAGAGACCACAUAACACCGGUCUUGAAAGACCUACAUUGGCUCCCAGUACGUUUCCGAGCACAAUUCAAAGUGUUGGUGCUGACCUUUAAAGCCCUAAACGGCCUUGGUCCAGUAUAUCUGAAGGAGCGUCUCCACCCCCAUCGUUCUACCCGGACACUGAGGUCCAGCACUGAGGGCCUUCUGGCGGUUCCCUCACUGCGAGAAGCCAAGUUACAGGGAACCAGGCAGAGGGCCUUCUCGGUAGUGGCGCCUUCCCUGUGGAACACCCUCCCACCAGAUGUCAAAGAGAACAACAACUACCAGGCUUUUAGAAGACAUCUGAAGGCAGCCCUGUUUCGGGAAGCUUUUAAUGUUUGAUGUAUUAUAGUAUUUUAAUAUUCUUUUGGAAGCCGCCCAGAGUGGCCGGGGAAGCCCAGCCAGAUGGGCGGGGUAUAAAUAAUAAAUUAUUAUUAUUAUUAUUAUUAUUAUGCUGCUUCUGGCCUCCAGGCAGGAUGGCCAAAUGUCCCGCUUUGUCGGGGACAGUCCUGUCUCUGAAAGGCGGCCCCAUUUAAAGACAAAGAAACCUGAGGAGAACAAGGGUCCUGAAGCACUUAGCCAGCUUACUGAGAAGGCAAAAAGAACACGGUUGAUUUGCUAUGAUGCCUGUGUUCUACCUUUGGUUGGCCUAUAUCUUCCAAUUCUACAAUUCUAUGAUUCUAUACCUCUAUUCAGUAAGCCUCUGAAUACCAGCUGCUGGAAAUCACAGUGUGAUGAAUGUGGCCCACAAUGUUUGAUUGAAUUAUCAGUUAAAUUAUUAUUUAAAACAACAACAACUUUAAAUUGCCAUAAUCAGGCAGGAACUUUGCAUCUGUGUAUGGAGAGAGAGAGUAGGUUUAAAGCAUCAAGGUUUGCCCUAGAUCCUGGAGGGUGCAGCUAAUCACUAAAAUCAUAUACAGUGGACGCUCGGGUUGUGAACAUAAUCUGUGUGGGAUGCACAUUCGCAACCUGCAGCAUUUGCAACCUGCAGUGGCGCGUCUGUGCAUGCGCAGGUUGCGAUUCGGCACUUCUGCGCAUGCACAACCACCGAAAACUGGAAGUAACCCGUUCCAGUACUUCUGGGUUUCGGCAGGUCCGUAACCCAAAAAAACACAACCUGAAGCAUCCGUAACCAGAGGUAUGACUGUAUAGUAUUUUAUCAGUGGUGGCUGGUGCCCUUGAGGACUGGUAGGGCGUAAGGCAGGGAGGCCAGCAGUAGGUAGAGCCAGAGAUCCAAUGGCAGGCAGAGCCAACUCAUUCUGGUUUUGUCCUCCUCCUCCUCCUCGUUCAGUUCCACAUGAGGCAGCACUGAGACCGAGCAGGAGGCACACCAACACCCAGGGCGGGUUGCACAUAAGAUGGGAGGCAGGUGGGGGCUGGCUUCAGGCAGACUGAGGUUGGUGGGGCAGCGCCCCGUCUGCCUGAAUGGAAGUGCCCCCCAUCGUUUAUUGGAAUGACUCACAAAGGAGCCAGCAUAGCCCACAGUAGGGUGUUGCAGCCCAACAGCACGUAGAAGGCCACAGGUUCUCCAUCAGAGCCCAGAUCCUGUGUAGGGAAUGGGAAGCCCAGCCUUUCCCUUGCAGGAGGCGACACUGGGCCCCCUAAGCUGGUGGGUGCAGCUGGUGCAGGGAGAGAGGACAGAAGAUAGCCAAGCAUCACUCUGUCCUCACUGAUAGAUUCUUCCCCCUUGCAGACUUUUGGGCAGCGCCUGUACCAGGAGUACACCUGCUACACCGUCUUCUUCAUCAGCAUUGAGAUGUGCCAGAUCGCCGACGUGCUCAUCCGCAAAACACGACGCCUUUCUGUCUUCCAGCAGGGAUUCUUCCGGUAUGUGGGAGCCGAACGAAUCUCCAAGCCAAACAUAGUUCUGUGCUAUACAAUAUGCUGCAUUUUCUGUUCUUGCAACAGAAGUUAUUGUGAUAGAAGCACCCCGCCCCAUCUCCCCUCAAUCAUGCUACCUACUUCGCUGAAACCAAGAGCAGCCAUAGGUCUUCCUAUUCGUCACCCACCCUGAAACACCCCCUUCCCUUUUCAGGAACAAAGUCUUGGUGAUAGCCAUCGUGUUCCAGCUCUGCCUGGGCUGCUUCCUCUGCUACUGCCCUGGGAUGCCCAACAUCUUCAACUUUAUGCCUAUAAGGUAAGACCUCAAAUGCCUCCAUGGGGCAGAUUUAGCCCUCCACUCCACUCCAAAAACAAAAACAACCAAUGGAAGAUACUCUGUAGAAGAGAGCAGGGCAGCUGGAUCUAAUAAAGCUUCUUUGAACUGAUGUAUCUCGAAAGGUAGUCAAUGGAGGGCCAUCCAGAUGUUGUUGGUCAGCAUCACCCCUGACCAUUUUGCUAUACCAACUGGAGUGGAUGUCUGGCAGCAUACGAAUGGCACCUCCAGAUAGAUGGAGCAAGGCAGCCUGACUUGGUAUGACUUAGGACAUCACCUGGUACAGAGUUGUGACACCACCACUUAACUCACCCAUCCAGCUCACCUUCCUAAUUCUCCAUGCUAGCCUGAAAGGGGGAAAGCAGAUUACUGUAUACAGUAGAUAGGGCUCUCUUUCACCCAGCACCAUGGACAGCAGCCCAGCAGCUUUGUUCUGUUAGUGGAAGCAUCUCCUAGGCCAGCAACGGGCAAAUUGAGAUGUACUGGUAAAUCUCUGGUUAAUUUUUAGAUUACAAAAGAGAUUUCACUCUGUUUUUAUUUUGCAACAGUUACCCUUUUUCCAAGGUUAUUUGCAUAUUUGCAGAAUCCUUAAGAAUUUUUUUCUGAAACGUAUUGCGAUAAACACUUAUAUGUAGCUCCUGGACUCCCCUCCCUUUGUUUGUCCUGCUACUGAUGCUACCUCAUUUUUGAGGUUGGUUUCCUGUCUGCCUUGGGCCAACCCAACAUAACGAUAACUGAGCUCAGCUGGCUGGCUUAGCAAUGUAGCACUGAACACCCUUUUUCCUGCUUAGAUUCCAGUGGUGGCUGGUGCCGCUACCCUAUGGUCUUCUCAUCUUCGUCUAUGAUGAAAUCCGAAAGUUGGGAGUCCGGAGACACCCUGGAAGUAAGUAACUGGGGGAAGAGAAUUCACCUGUUGCAUCUGCCAAUGCAGAAAUGACAUGUGGGUCUUCAGGCACACUCUCCUGCCCUGUUGUGGUGGCUACUGACCUUUGGGUCAACCUUCUGGUCUUGGUCCUGCAUCUAGCAGCCAAAGCAGCACUCAGAACAGCAGGCAGGAAUGCUCCCUGGGCUUUGUGAGGGAAGCCUGCAAUGGUGUCUCUCCAUGGUCAGAGGCAGCCUGCUUCUGAAUUCCUGUUGUAGGACACAGAAGCCAUUGGUAGCCUUGUCCUCCAAGAAUUUGCCCAAUCCUCUUUUAAAGCCAUCCAAGUUGGCAGCCAUCACUGCCUCUUGUGGGAGUGAGUUCCAUAGUUUAACUAUGUGCUCCAUGAAGAAUUUUCUUUUAUCUGUCCCAAAUCUUCCAACAUUCGGCUUUUCUUAUCCACCUUCUGCAUGGCAUAUGUGAUUUCAUAUACUAAUCUACCCUUCUUAUUCAUCUUUUAUCUGAACUAAGGGCAAGACAGCCAGAACCGACACUGACAUUGGCUGUAAUUUUUAAGGACUUGUUCCUCAGCUUGCUUUCUCUCUCCUCCAUCUUGUUACUUUUCCCCUCAUUUGUCUUGUUUUCUUAAAUUAUGAGCCUAUGGGCAGGGGACAUCUUUGAAACUUAUUUUUGUAUGCAGCUGUGAGAGCCUUUGGGGGCCAAAGGAUGGGAUACAAAUUCUGCAAAUUAAUCAUAAAAAUUUCCCUUCCUCCAGGUUGGUGGGACAAAGAGCUCUACUACUAAAGGCAAAGCUUCUUUUGGGUGGAGCUUUUUCCCAUUUUCCCUGCUUGUGCAACGGAGACAAGGAAAUCAAGGAUUUGCUUCUGUCAUCAACAACUGCUGAGCCAAGCCUGCCACAUUUCACACCACAGAAUCAAAGAAUCGUAAGGUUGGAAGGGACCCCAAGCAUCAUCCAGUCCAACCCUCUGCAAUACAAGAAUCUCAGCUAAAGAAUUCCUGACAAAUGGCCACCCAAACUCUGUUGAAAAGCCUCCAAGGAAGGAGAGCUCACCACCUUCCGAGGUUGUCUGUUCCACUGUUGAUCAGCUCUUACUGGUAGAAAGUUUUUCCUAAUUUUUAGUCACAAUCUCCUUUCUUGUCCAUUUGAAUACAUUGGUUCAGGCCCUACUUUCUAGAGCAGCAGAAAACAAUCUUGCUCCAUAUUCCAUGUGACAGCCCUUGAGUUAUUUGAAAGUGGCUGUCGUAUCUCCUCUUAGCCUUCUCUUUUCCAGCCUAAACAAACACAACUCCCUCAACCAUUCAGCAUAAGGCUUGGUUUCCAGACCCUUGACCACCUUGGUUGCCCUCCUCCACACACGUUCCAGCUUGGCAAUAUUCUUCUUAGAUUGUGGUGCCCAGAACUGGACACAGUAUUCCAGGUGUGGUCUGACCAAGGCAGAAUAGAGUGGUACUAUUACUUCCCUUGAUCUGGACACAAUACUUCUGUUGAUGCAAACAACACCUUUAAGAUAAAACUUAAGCUUCAGGCUACCACAGUUCCCACUCAGCUACUUUGGGGGAAGACAGCUAGUCCUUCAUCAAGAAAUGAUUUAAGGGUGCUGAUGUGCAGAGGGAAAUUAUAUAUGUAUGAUUGCAGGUGCUGAGAUCACAGCCGAGUAACAAAUUGGCACAGGAUUUCUAGAUCAUGAGAGUUUUCAUGUGCAUUUUUAAAAAAAUAAAUACCAAGUUUCUAACUCUGAAGGCUGUAAAUAUACAUGUAAAAGCAGCAUGCCAACAAAAUCUCUAUGUGACAGAGCAGAGGGGAGGAGGGCGAGCAAGGCAUGAGAAACAGAAUUAAAAUAAAAUGACAAAAGAUAAGCCAAUGAAUGCAAAUUGGCAUUUCGUUUA